AUGAAGUUACGUAUAUUUAUAUUGUUCUUAUAUCUUCCUUUAAUAUUUAGUGAAAAAUGGAGUCGUUAUUUGAAAUUGGAUCAGAAUUAUGAAGUUUGGUGGAACGUCGAAAGAGACGAAAUAAUAUUCCAGCUGGAAGUGGCCACUAAAGGCUGGAUUGGUUUCGGAAUAUCUCUAACUGGAGAAAUGACAGGUAGCGAUGUUGUCAUAGGCUGGGUUAAGAACGGAAGUGCGCAAUUUCACGAUAGACACGCGAAAGGAAGAUUUCAGCCAGAAAUAGACAAACAACAAGACUGGGAAUAUCUAUGGUGCUGUGAAAAUGACACUCAUACAAUUAUACGUUUCAAGAGACUUCUAAACACUUGCGAUUAUCAAGACAUACGUAUAACGAACAAUACAAUAAACUUGAUAUACGCGUACAGUAAUGAAGUACCUAAUUCCGAAAAUUCAGUGAAAUAUCAUGGGCCACGGAGAAGAGGAUCUAAAAAAACUUUUCUCUUAAAUCCGAGGAUGCUAGAAAGUUUCGAAAACGAAGAGAAUAUUUAUUAUUGGGAGUUAAAAAGUCAUAAUAUCCCGGUACCUUCUAAUAAAAUUUCUGGAUAUUAUUGUAUCUUAUUCAAACGUCCUGAUCUUGAUAAGAAGCAUCAUAUCAUAGAGAUUGAUCCUAUAAUUCAACCUGGAAACGAAAAUAUUGUUUAUAAUUUAGUUUUAUAUUCUUGUCCGGGUAUUAACGAAGAAAAAAUAUCACAAUUCACAGAGAAAAAAUAUCACGAAUGCUUCACAGAAGAAAUGGAGCCUAAAUUUCCUUUCUACUUUUAG